AUGAAUUUUAUUCACAACACCGACAUAUCUGAGUCAACUCUCAAGAUUGAAGACAUUUUUCUGGAUUUGGUUGACUUCGAAACCGUAUUAAAUCGCACACCUGAUACAAACAUCUUGAUUGAUGUUAUUGGACAAGUCUUCGAAUUGGGUGAACUUGAGACAGUUCAUUGUACUGGAGGAAAAGAAAAGAAAAAGUUGGAGUUCACACUGAGAGACACUUCGUUGCCUUGCUGCCUUUGGGGAAAAUAUGCUGAGAAUGUUUACACAGCUUGCCAAGAAGCUGAAGAUGACUUUGUUGUGAAGUCUAAAUCUCAAAUGCUUAUGAUUAAAGUCAUAUCUUCGUCAAUCCUGACAUUGCAGAAGCAGAAGCAUUUAAACAAAUUGACUCUGCUGACAAGUCAAUCCAUAACUAUCUCCGAGUCAGGAGAUAACAAGCUUGAGAAAAAAUUAUUUAAAAUUCAUUUGAUGGUUAAAGAUGACACUGGUGCAUCAUCUUUUAUGUUGUUGGAUUCAAUUGCUAAAGGGAUUGUUCCUCAAUCUGCUGAAUACCUACUGAAUGGUUCAUUAGAUGAACUUGAAGAAGAUGCUGAGUUUCCUGAUGCAAUUACAUCUUUGAUCGGUCAAACAUUUAUGUUUGGAGUUUACAUUGAAAAGGACAAUGCUACUGCUGAAGGUGUAUGCUACAAAGUUGGUAAGGUUUGGAAAGAUCUAAAUUUACUAAAGAUUGGUGAAAACUCAGAAUCUGGUUCUACUCAUACACCUUAUGAGGCUCAGGUGCCGCUUUUGCUGCAUGACAAUGAAGCUAAUGUGACUGCUACUACACCUUCUUCCAAAACGUAA